AUGGUGGAAGAUCACAAGCACGGGGAAUCAAUCCUGGAAAAGAUUGUUGAGAAAAUCCAUGGCCAUGAUGACUCAUCUUCUUCGCACGAUUCCGAUGACGAUAAGAAAUCGUCGUCGUCCUUCAAGUCAAAGAUUUACCGACUUUUCGGGAGGGAGAAACCUGUUCAUAAGGUUCUCGGCGGCGGAAAACCUGCCGAUAUUUUUCUUUGGAGGAACAAGAAGGUUUCUGGUGGAGUAUUUGGUGCUGCAACUGCGUCCUGGAUCGUAUUCGAGCUCAUGGAGUACCAUCUCCUCACUUUCCUCUGCCACUUCUCCAUUCUUGCUCUUGCCUCACUGUUCUUGUGGUCUAAUGCUUGUACCUUCGUCCACAAAGCAUCUCCUCACAUCCCGGAAGUUCACAUCCCUGAGGAUCCUGUUCUUCAGCUUGCUUCUGGACUAAGGAUUGAAGCUAACCGUGGCUUUACCCUUCUUAGGAAUAUUGCAUCAGGAAGAGAUCUGAAAAAGUUUAUCUUGGUAGUAGCUGGCCUGUGGGUUUUGUCUAUUAUUGGCAGCUGCUGCAACUUCAUGACAUUGUUCUAUAUUGCCACUGUGCUUCUCUUCACAAUUCCCGUGCUUUACGAGAAGUACGAGGACAAAGUAGAUGCAUUUGGCGAGAAGGUGAUGAAGGAGAUGAAGAAGCAAUACGCAGUGCUCGAUGACAAGGUUUUGAGUAAAGUUUUGAGCAAGAUUCCAAGAGGAGCUCUGAACAAGAAGAAGGAUUAA